AGGCGGCUGAGCAGCAGCAGGGCGAGCAGCCGCCCCAGCUGCGGCAGCAGCAGCAGGCGGCUGGUGGGGUCCCUGUGGCGGCUGCCUCCCCCCCGGCUGGCGGCCCGAGCAGCGGGGGGCUGCUCUACCUCAAGGACUGGCACUUCGCAGCGGACCUGCCGGGAUACGGGGCCUACCGUGUCCCGCUGUUCUUCCGGGAGGACUGGCUCAACGCCUACUACGACAGCCUGGCGGGGCAGCAGCCUGGCCGACAACACCACCACCACCACCAGCAGCAGCAGCAGCACAGCGGCGCAUGCAGGGACGACCAGGACAGCAGCAGCAGCACUGGGACCGGGACCGCCACCGCCCGGCAGCAACACCACCACCCGCCCUCCGCCUUCGCACCCCCUGCGGAGAGUGACGUCCCCGCCAGCACCGCCACCACAGCCGACCCAUCAGCCCCGCAUGGCGAUCUGGACCGCUUCCCCGCAUGCAGCCCCUCCUCUCC